AUGGCUGAGCCCGACACAUCCUUCUACUCGGCCCACUGCCACGACGACUCGCUCUCCAGGUUCCUGCUCAAGCGCAAGCCCUCAUCCGACAGCCUCCGCGCACGCCUCCAAACCAUCGCCGCCCCCAGCAACACCCCCAAGCGCGGCAGACAGAACCCGCCGAGCAGCCCAGACAAGCCCCGCCUCGUCCGCAUCUCCCGGAGGAUCCUCACCCGCAAGCCCCACGCGCUCAAGGAGGAGGAAGACGAAAUCAAGAAGAUCACCCGCGAGAGACUCUUCUGGCACAAGCAGCAGGAGGAGGCCGACGCCCGCACCCAGGACGGCCCGAUGGCCCCUGCCCGGCCCAAACACCUCGGCGGCAUCCAGCAGCUCAAUGCGCUCAAGCACCAGAUCCAAACCAUCAAGCACCACAGAUACCCCGAACUGCCGUCCCCCAAGCCCGACGACUGGUUCUGCGAAGAGCAGGAGGAGGUCAGCAGCCUCUCCGAGACCAACAGCUCCACCAAGAGGCGUCGCCAGGCUAGCAACAUCCCCCACAAAUCACGCGUGCUCGUCGAGAGAGGAGUGGGCUCUAUCCAGAGGAAGAUCAAAUCCAUCAAACUCAAGCCCUCCCACUCCUCCCCCCUCCACCUCAACCGUCCCCCAAACCAGCCCCAAGAGCCCGUCCCAGAACAGGCCAGCCAGACCAUCUCCACCCCUCCCAGCCUCACCAACUUCUCCAGCUCGCUUGGAACCCCAGAUACCGACACCAGCCAGGCCCGGUUCUCAUCCCACCAAGUCUCGCCCAACUCGACCAACCAAUAUCCCGGCAAGGCUCAGAAGAUCUUCCGUGCUCUCCCCCAUACCCGCAAAACUACCAAACCAUCAUCAUUAACCUUGCCUGACCCAAUCACAGAAAAUCACCCGCAAGAGACUCACGCCCCUGCCGUCGACCGUCCUGGCACUCGCCCUACGCCGCUAUCCAUCGUCACCCAGGGCCUGCCCGAACCAGGGCCCUCCAACAAUCAGAGCCAACCCGGCCACGUCUCGCCCAGGAACUGGCCCGACACCUCGUCCGAGCUGCCCCAAUGGCAGAACUCGGCCAUGGAGUUCUUGGCCGACGACCGCACGGGGCAGAUCGACCGCUGGGUCUUCUCGUCCAGCCUGCUCGCCCAGCCCUGCUCGGACCCGACUGGUGGCCGCCGGGCACACCGGCUCUCUCUGGACGUCCCGCCCCGCGAGUUCUCGGAGACCCGGCGGCGGCGCUCGGAGCACGAGUGGCGCGCGCACCAGGCCUUCCUCUCCACCGGCCUCCCCGCCCUCGCCCGCGACCCCGCCGCGUCCCCGCUCGGAAACGCCCCGAUCCUCGAGCCGCUCUACUUCGUCGAGAAACAGACGCCCAGCCAGGUCAUCCUCGCCACCGACGUCCUCAUCGAGCAGCAGGGCGGCCUCAGCUUCCUGGGCCAGGAAAACUUCAACGAACGCUUCCGCUCCAAGCCCUGGCAGACCGUCAAGACGAUCAGACAGUACGACCGGCCGGGCCACCUGGAUGCCGAGUAUUUGCCUGGCCUCACCCGGCUGGCAGUAGUACAAACCCCACAUUCCACCGACACCUUCCCCCUGCCGACGCCGGAAUGGUACUGGCUAACCGAGUUCUCGAUCGACCGCCAGACCAAGCCGGUCGACGCCAACGGCUGGGAAUACUACGACGUCUUCAGCCGCAAAUGGUCGCCCAACAGGCACGGCUGUCGCACCUUCAUCCGCCGCCGGCGGUGGGUCCGCGUCCGCGGAAAGCUGGACACCUCCAGCCUCGCCGACCCGGCCCAAGCGGAUUUCCAUAGUGCCCCUGUUUCACCUCCGGGUCUCACGGCCGACCCCAGCGAUAAACGAACCGUCGUCAUAUUGAAAAAACACGGCGUCCAUCAGUCGAUCGUCUUCAACUCUCAGACCAUUGGGGGCGGCCACCUGCUGACCAUCGAUCUUCCCGGGCUCCCGGCCCUGGAUGUGCGGUGGGACGACAGCUCCCUGGCAGUCCACAACCCGCUGUUUUCGGGGCAGGCGGUUGCGAGCGAGAUUCUGAGACAUCUGGCGGCCCAGGCCGGCGGCGGCUCUGCCGCGGAGCAGCUGGCAAACCAAGAGGAGAUCAUGGAGUGUCUGAAAGACCAGGUGGCCAGGAUCAACCUCCAGCGCGUCACCAAGAUCGUCACGGGCUUGUCCGAGCCCCAAAAGGUCGAUCUGUGGAGACACUGGCUCGAGUCUGAUGGCUCGACAGACCCAUCCACCAAGCCUGAAGCCGCCGACAUAUGGCGAGUAGUCGAGCGACACCUCGUGGACGUGUUGGCCACCUUUGUCUUCGACUUCUACCGCCUCAAGUUCAUGAGCCUGGUCGUCGAUCUGUAUUCGCAAAGCUGUGCGGGCGCCGCGGGGGCCGAGCCGCGGCGUCUGGGGCCCCCGAAGGGCGGGUCCAAGCGGGGCCAUGCGCGGCCGGGCCUGAGUGCGCACACGUUCCUCAACACGGGCGAGCGCAGCCCGAGCUUCCUGGCCCUCGGCACGCUCCCGCUCGAGUUCUGGAACAGCCGGCUCGCCCUCUUCGUCCCCCCCGCCCACCGGGCCCCCCGCCGACCCUUCGUCGCCCUCCCCGCCAUCCGCGCCAAGCUCCUCGCCGCCAGCCAGAUCCGCAUCGAGCUCCACAGAGGCCUCAAGGCGCUCAACAGACUCAGGCGUGCGGCUACCACUGCCAAAUAA